AUGGCCAUCGUUACAUUCCUCCUCUCGCCAUGGGCGCCAGCCGCCCUCCUGGUCGCUGCUGUGGCCUACUACGCAUACCCAUAUCUCGUGACCUACCGACACUUGCGAUGGAUCCCGGGGCCGUUCCCUGCCCAAUUCACAAACUGGUGGCUUUUGCUGGUGUGUCGCCGAGGCAAUCGAUACGAGACCGUCGACAAGCUGCACAAGAAUCUGGGUCCCGUUGUGCGCAUCCAACCCAACCAUGUAAGCCUCUGCGAUGACGAGGCCAUUCAGGUUGUCUAUGGCCAUGGCAAUGGAUUCCUAAAAGCGGACUUCUAUGAUGCUUUCGUCAGCAUCCAAAGAGGCUUGUUCAACACAAGAGAUCGCGCCGAGCACUCACGCAAGCGCAAGAUUGUUUCGCACACCUUUUCUGUCAAGUCGGUUGCCCAGUUCGAGCCCUACAUCCAUAGCAAUCUCGAGCUCUUCGUCCGGCAGCUGGACAGUUUGAUUUCGCGCUCCAACAACCCCGAUGGCGCUGCCUAUGUCGACUGCCUGAACUGGUUCAACUACCUCGCCUUCGAUGUCAUCGGUGACCUCGCUUUCGGUGCGCCGUUUGGCAUGCUCUCAUCCGGCGCCGACAUGGCCGAGGUUCGCUCUUCUCCUGACAGCCCGCCCAUCUACGCCCCAGCGAUCGAGAUUCUCAACCGUCGCGGUGAAGUGUCCGCCACCCUGGGCAUCCUCCCUCAGCUCAAGCCCUACGCCAAGUACUUCCCGGACCCCUUCUUUAGCAAGGGCCUGCAAGCAGUUGAGAACCUCGCGGGCAUCGCCAUCGCGCGCGUCAAGGCCCGCCUGGAGAACCCGCCUCCGGCCCAGCGCAAGGACCUCCUUCAACGGCUGAUUGAAGGCCGCGACGAGAAGGGCGAGCCCCUUGGCCGGCAGGAGCUCACGGCCGAGGCGCUGACGCAGCUCAUCGCCGGCAGCGACACAACCUCCAACUCGUCGUGCGCCCUCCUCUUCCACGCUGUGCGCACCCCGGGCGUGAUCCAAAAGCUCCAGACAGAGCUCGACGCCGCCAUCCCCGCCGAUUUGGACGUGCCAACCUUCGACAUGGUCCGCGACCUGCCGUACCUCUCGGCCGUCGUUAACGAGACGCUCCGCUUCCACUCCACCUCGGGCAUCGGCCUGCCUAGACAGGUGCCCCCUGACAGCAAGGGGCUGCACUAUAAGGGCCAUUACUUCCCGCCCGGCACCGUUCUCAGCGUGCCGACGUACUCGAUCCAUCACUCCAAGGAGAUCUGGGGCCCGGAUGCGGAUGUGUUUCGGCCUGAGCGGUGGGAGAGCUUGACGCCGAGGCAGAAGAACGCGUUUAUCCCGUUUAGCUACGGGCCGAGGGCAUGUGUGGGGAGGAAUGUGGCGGAGAUGGAGAUGAAGUUGAUUGUGGCGACCUGGGCGAGGCGGUAUGAAGUGGUUUUGAGGCAGAACCACAUGGAUACCAGGGAGGGCUUCUUGAGGAAGCCGUUGGGUUUGGAGAUUGGGCUAAGGAGGAGACACUGA